UAUUUUGAUUUAACUAGAAAGCUAAGUUUAAAGAAUUCCUGCGAUUGUUUGCGAGUGAUAUUCCGGCCCAUAGUAACAUAUGCGCAGUUAGAUUUGUGGGGGAUAUUUUGGAAAAACUAUCAAGGUGCUCUACCAACAGAUAUCACCUCUUUACUUAAAACCACAAAUGGGUACAAAUUUCCAUCAAUCCGUGAAGUUUUAAAAAUUUUGGCUACGAUUGUUGUAACCUCAUGCACUUGUGAGAAAAGUGUCUCUGGGCUAAGGCGUUUAAAGACUCAGAUGUAAAACACGAUGUCGGAGGAAAGGUGAAGCAGCCUAGCAGUUAUUAUGUUUAACAGGUCAAUCACUGUGAUCUCUGAUGAAGUGAUAGAAGAGUUUGCUGAACAGAGUAAGAGAUAAAGACUUUUUUAAAUAUAUAUAUAUACUUGCUGAUUGAUUUACAUAGUUUUUUUUAUGUAUAUUGUUACUUAUUGUACUUUUUAACGCUGGAAAAAGCCUGAGCAAGGUGAUCAAUUUUGUUACUAUUAAGUCCACCCAUUUAGCGUAUUUUAACGCCCAUUCUGGGCGGUGAUCUUCACAAACAUUUUUUUGCUUAGUUACAAAAACAUCCUGGAUCCGACCCUGUAAAGACACGGAACAAAAGAUCAACUACUACGAAGAAAUGUUGGUGAAGAUCAACUUAAGGAUGAGCUAAAGUUGAUGCAGCAAGAAAGAGAAGAUGAGAAGUUAGAAAGGAAACAGAACGAAGAAAGUGAGAGAGCAAUGCGAGAAUUUGAAGAGCAGAAAAAGAUCCAGACGAUGAAAUUAAAAACGGAGAAGGAAUUGAGACAUCGUGUCGCGGAGAGCGGAAAGACAUCUCGGGCAAAAUUGCUGAAGCUCGAGAUAUCGAAAUUUAAUGGCAUUUACAUAAACUGGCCAAUAUUUUUUUUCUUGGGGGGGGGCAGUUUAAUGGCGAAAUUAAUAAAUUGGAUACUUUUUGCUGCCAUGUUUGUGCUAAAAAUAAGGAGAUGUUGUUAAUGGUUUUAGAAAACUCAUUUUAUCCGUUUUUUGUAUAUAAAUAAUUUAGCUUACAUUUGUUAAAAAAUAAGCAUGUUUAACGCCAUUCAAGAUUUAGGUUUUCUUAUCGCCAAUAUGUGUAGUUUUUGGUUUUCUUAGGUGUUCAAGGCAAGGUGAACUCCAAGUUAACCAAAGAAGUCGUGGAAUCAAAGUCUUUAAAAUUGAUAUUUUUAGUCCAGGUAUGUUUUCUAAGGUAUAUUAUUAUUUAUGACAUAGAUAAAAAAAACUGUAAAUUCUUUAUUUCUGAUGCAAUGAGAAUUAUAAAUUAUAUUUUAGCUGUACUCCCAUAAGCAUAACACAAGAAGAGUGGCAUAACCGUGAGCGUGUAUACAAAUAAUCUUAAAUAUAAUUAUCUUUCAUUAAGGACGACAGCUCGUAUGCACUCAGCACAACUGUUGUUUUAGGAAAUAUGGACGAUACUUGUGUUUUGAAUCUUUUACCAGAUAAUCAAAGAGAGUUAAUCAUUUCGCAGAUCAUGCACCAUUUUGGUAAAGAAAUGGAGAUGCAUGAUUAUUAUGGAAGCUGAAUAAAUUCUGCAUCUAGUGAUAUAACUCUGUGUGGCUGUCACAGUUAAGAGAUAUCAUUGGAUAAAGAGUGUUUCAAAACGUUCCUUCUUUUUUCUAUCUUUUUGUUCUGCUAUUCCCUAGUGAUAGCAAAAGGCUGCAUUCAUCAUCAGUUUACCAUUUCAAAGAAUUAGAUAGCAAAGAACUAGAAACUGAACGUGUUGAAGUAAAAAUGAGAUCUUAUUCAACAAUUGAAGGUUCAUCAAAGCUCAUCGCAUCGUCCCGUGUUCGAAAUGUUAAAAAGCAAAACAUUAUUGUACGAUUUACUACUUUUAGACAUCGCACCAUACUCUACAAAAAACGUAAGUCUAUUGAAAAUAUCAGCAUCAGACUUGAUCUAACCAAGGAAAGGUAUGUUAUGUUAAUGUGUGCGCGUGAAAUGGUAGAGGGAAAUGAAAAUGUUAAAUUUGUUUUUGCUGAUAUAAACUGUAGGUUGCAAAUUCGCUUUGCUUCAGGGAUUGUGAAACCUUUUCAAUUACUAUUAGAUGAAUUUUAAAAUAUGGUUCAGAUCAUCCGUUUUCUUUUUGCAAUUGUAUGGUUAAUUGCUGUUUUACGUUUAAAAUUUUUUAUAGUGUAUUUAAUAUAUUGUUAUAUAUGUAUUUGUUAUUGUGACGAGGUUAUGCUAAUUCCCUUAUUGUCAUUGAGUGUUUUGAUAUAUUGCGAUGCCAAUAAAUAAAAUUCAAUACCGCGCAGAGAACUUGCGGUCAUUUUUUGUGGUGUAGAUUCAUUUUCUAACAAUAUAUCUCUGGAAGAAAUACGCAACAUGUGCCCUUCCCCAUGUCAUGUAGUGAGCCUUUUUGCACUGUUAUAAAUUUUUCCACUUUUAAUACUAACUACUAUAAUUAUUUCUAACAUAUUCAAUGUUAUCAAAAUUCUUACAAACUCUUAUCUAUAUAUUUAUGUUUGGAUUCGUAUUAUUUGUAACUUGUUUUGGUUUGCCAUUGCUUGUCACAAGGUCUUUGCCAAGUUCUUGGUAAGCUAUAUUUUCUUUUAUCAAGUUUGCAUGUUUGUACCAUUUCUCAGACUUGCCUUAGUAAUAUCUGGUGACAUUGAAAUUAAUCCCGGACCUAAAACAACAUCUAACCAGAACCUUUCGAUAUGCCAUUGGAAUCUAAAUGGAAUUGCUGCUUAUAACUGCGUAAAAAUUUCUCUUUUAAAAGCUUACAACGCAGUGCAUAAUUAUGAUAUAAUAUGCGUCUCAGAAACCUUCCUUGACUCUGAUUAUUCCAGUAAUGAUCCAGGGUUAUGAUAUGAUCAGAUCCGGAGGAGGACUGUGUAUUUAUUAUAAAGAAAAUCUGUCGUUUGUUAGAAGAGAUUAUAUCUCCUGUUUAGAAUAUUGUAUUGUCGCAGAAAUUAGAGUGAAAAAAUUGAAAUAUUUUGUCACUUGUAUUUAUCGCUCUCCAAACCAAACAGCAGAUGAAACUGAUAUUUUCCUUUCAAAGUUCGACCAGAUCUGUUCUAGCAUAGCCCUGGAAUCGCCAAUUUGCAGUUUCGUUAUAGGAGAUUUAAAUGCUAAAUGUACUAAUUGGAGGGCUGGUGUGACAAUGCUUGUGGAUUGGCACUAUAUACCAUGGCUAGCAUAUUAGGAUAUUUGCAAAUAAUCAACGAACGAACUAACUUUGAACCAAACAAAUCCCCAUCGUGUAUUGAUCUGAUUUUUGCCAGCCAAGCGAAUCUAGUAGUGGAUAAUGGUAUCUAACCUUUACUAUUUAAAACUUGCCAUCAUCAAAUAGUCUAUGCAAAAGUUUCCUUUAAAGUACAGUUACCAUGUUGCACUAUACCACUAUUGCGGCUACCAUUUUGAUAUAUAAUAGUUUGUUUAUAUAUAUGUCGGUCACGGCAAUUCGGUAACACGUUUUUAGUACGAAUUAAGAUGGCGUCCAGUUUCUCAUCCUUCUAAGUUGUAAUGUGGUGUCAGAAGUAAAAAUGAAUACAUCACAUAAACGACCAGAAUUGAAGUUAACUGGCAACAUAUCUGAAAAUUUCAAGAAUUUUGAACUUAGAUUCAAUGACUAUUGCAUUCAGUCGAACUACAGAAAUUUGGAGAAAGACUCACAAACUGAGCAAGCAGAACAUUACAAGCAACCUUUGUUGGAGAUCUCUGCAGUGAGAUCUUCAAUGCCAGAUGAAGCUCUCCAGGUGAUACGUUAUACCAUUGAGCCAUCCAUUCCAGUAGAUGAUAAGAAAAAACCGUGGAUUUGGAUGAAUCGUCUACGCACACAUUACACAGGAACAACAGGAUCUACCCUAAUGACUGAUCGGUUCAAAUUCUGGCAUUCGUCCCAAAAUCAAGAUGAGACAGUCCAGGAUUGGGAGGUCCGAAUACGACAAGCCGGAAGCCUGUGUGAAUAUGGAGAAAUUACAGACAUUAUGUGUCGUGAUAAGUUUGUCUUUGGACUUUGUGAGGACACAGCACGAACUGAACUGUUAAAAACACAUCUGAAAACAGAUGGCACACAGAAAACAAUGUCAGAUGUUGUCGCAGAGGCCAAGUCAAUGGAAUCUGCUCGAGUGACAAACAAACUCAUCAGUGAUGCAUCAAAAGGGACAGAAGAGAAUGUUCACUGGACAAAAGCAACAAUACCACCACAACAAAGAAAGAAACACAGAGACAUGAAAUUGAGACGUGAGCCAAAUACUUGCCACUGGUGUGGAGACAAUAAAGGACCACAUCCUUGGGCAAAUUGCCCAGCUAAUGGACGUAAAUGCACAAGGUGUGGUGGAUUUGACCACUUUGCAAGAGUAUGUCUAGAACAACAAAAUGUCAGCCACCUUGGCAACAAGGGAUACAACAGACCCAACUACAACAGAAGAAAUAACCAACGUCCUCCACAACCAAACAGCAAUCCGCAGGGUAUGCAAAAGUCGACCAACCACCUUCAUGCAACAUCAACAUAUCAUCAACCAGAAAGCAGAACAGAAUCACCUGAGCAGCAACAACCAACAUACUACACUGAUGAACAACCACUGUAUUACAGCACAGCGUACGCAACAGAUCAACGGAAUGGACAAUCCCAAUCAAAUUAGGA